GGAGCAGGGUGCACCCGGAGCUGAGUAGUAUAAUUCAGGGACGCACACGCCCACAGAGCAUCUGCAGCAUUGUGCUGCAGCCAUGCGCUGCUCUCCUCUGAUCCAGGGACAGCUUGAAUACCAGCAGCAUGGAGCACAUGUCCUCUCCCGUCAGAUUUCGCAGCAAUAAAAAAGCUUCAACUUUCUCGGGCAAGGAGUUGUCCAGUCUGUCCAUAAGGGACCAGGAGGACAUGCAGUAUCCUUAUGCCAUGAGGGAUUUGCCUCUCAUGUCUCACUCUGGUGAACAGCACCAGAGACCAGGCCACUAUGGAGCAGAAGGCAUUGGGAGCCCCAUCAAUGGGAGACACCUCAGCCUUCCUGGGACUCCCUCUCUGGUCCGCACCAUCCCCUUCCACCCCAGGGGCUCUCCAGCAGUCCCUCCUAGGCAUAAUCACAUGGGACUAGAUCCAGAAUUUCAGCAGCUACCGCUGAGGAGGCAGAUUGUUUCUCAGGUGUCUUUGGACUCGCCGCUCAGCCCUUCCAUGCGCCCACGUAGCCCCUGGGGACGCUUUGACCCCUACGACUCUCCUGAGGAUCAGGACAAGGAGUACGUAGGUUUUGCCACAUUACCAAACCAGGUCCACAGAAAAACUGUGAAGAAAGGCUUCACAUUCACACUCAUAGUCGCAGGGGAGUCCGGUCUCGGUAAAUCCACACUAAUCAACAGUUUGUUCCUCACGGAUCUUUACAAGGACAGAAAAGUUCUCAAUGCUGAAGAGCGGAUCAGUCGAACAGUCGCCAUCAUCAAACACACCGUUGGCAUUGAGGAGAAAGGAGUCAAACUGAGGCUCACCAUCAUAGACACGCCAGGGUUCGGAGAUGCCGUCAACAACACAGAAAGCUGGAGGCACAUAGACGACUACAUCGACCAGCAGUUUGAACAGUACUUCAGAGACGAGAGCGGGCUGAACAGAAGAAACAUUCAGGACAACAGAGUCCACUGCUGCCUCUACUUCAUCUCACCGUUCGGACAUGGCCUUCGACCUCUGGAUGUGGACUGUAUGAGGGCGCUUCAUGAAAAAGUCAACAUAAUUCCUGUGUUGGCCAAAGCUGACAGCCUGACACCAGCAGAGGUCUGCAGAAAGAAGAUGAAGAUCAGGGAGGAGAUCAAGCAGUUUGGGAUAAACAUCUACCAGUUUCCUGAAUGUGAUUCAGAUGAGGACGAAGACUUCAAGACACAGGAACAGAUACUUAAGAACAGCAUCCCAUUUGCUGUGAUUGGGAGUAACGUACAGGUGGAGAGUAAAGGUCGAAAGUUCAGGGGUCGCGUCUAUCCCUGGGGCGUGGUAGAAGUGGAGAACCCGGCUCACUCCGACUUCCUGCUGCUGAGGAACAUGUUGGUGAGGACGCACAUGCAGGAUCUGAAGGACGUGACGCGGGAAAUUCACUAUGAGAACUACAGAGCUCAGUGCAUCCAGAACAUGACACGCAUGGUGGUGCUGGAGAGGAAACGCAGUUUGCGUGAGAAAUAUCGGGACGGUAGUGAGGCAGACUUUCCUCUGCCUCUGGCCGUCGCUGACACUGAGAAGGAAAGACUGAUCUAUGAAAAGGAUGAAGAGCUGAGAAAGAUGCAGGAGGUGCUGGAGCGGAUUCAGGAGCAGAUGCAGCACAGUCAUAGAAGUGGCUGCUGAUUCUCACCGUACAUCCCUGAA